AUUUGCCCAUAUUAAACAAAAACAGCUGAAUGCAGAAUUGUACUGAGAAGUGAAGUUGUUUUGGACCGUUUUUAACGUCACGACCAUUUAGGAAGCACAGAAAAUUUCCAGUUCGUUUCCCAGCUGUAUUCAUUUCAGUUUCAAUUUCCGUAUUUAGGAUUUGUGUGUCUAUGUGCAUAUUUCAAAGCCAACUAGUGAAAGUUGCAACCUGAGAAAACGUCACCCUUGUCAGAGAAAAAUGUCCGUCAAAGUAAAAAAACAAGGCAAUCAUUGUUGCUAAUGAACAAUAUUUAGUAUUACGUGUGUUUAUAUUUAGUCGCCUAAUAUGAAUAUUGGCAGUGGCUGCUUGCAAUCAGUUCGGUGUGGGAAAUGAUGGCAAUCUAGUUUGGAUGGUAAUUGGCAAAAGGAGCUCAACAAAUCGAGAAUCAAUUUGCAACUAUGUCAACUAUGAAGAGCGGCGUAAAAAAGGAAGGCAAAAUGAGGAUCCGUGCCUUUCCCAUGACUAUGGAUGAGAAAUAUGUCGAAAGCAUAUGGGCAUUGUUAAAGAAUGCCAUUCAGGAGAUCCAGAAGAAAAACAACUCUGGUCUGAGCUUUGAGGAACUGUAUAGAAAUGCAUACACAAUGGUGCUGCACAAGCAUGGCGAAAGGCUUUAUACAGGACUAAAGGAAGUAGUUACACAUCAUUUAGAAUUCAAGGUCAGAGAGGAUGUUCUGAAGUCAUUGCACAACAACUUCCUAAUGACUCUCAAUCAAGCCUGGAACGACCAUCAGACUUCCAUGGUGAUGAUUCGCGAUAUUUUAAUGUACAUGGAUCGGGUCUACGUCCAACAAAACGACGUUGACAACGUAUAUAAUUUAGGUUUAAUUAUAUUCCGUGAUCAGGUGGUUCGACAUGGCUGUAUUCGCGAUCAUCUAAGGGAAACUUUGUUGGAAAUGGUGAUGCGAGAGCGGCGAGGUGAAAAAGUUGAUCGAAUUUCCAUAAAAAACGCCUGCCAAAUGUUAAUGGUGCUGGGCAUUAAUUCCAGAACGGUUUACGAAGAAGACUUCGAACGUCCGUUUUUACAACAGUCCGCAGAGUUUUAUAAGGUGGAAAGCCAAAAGUUUUUGGGCGAAAACAGCGCUUCGGUCUACAUUAAGAAAGUAGAGGCGCGGAUAAAUGAGGAAUCAGACCGAGCCAAACAUUAUCUAGACGAAUCCACCGAAUCUCGGAUUGUAGAAGUAGUUGAAGAGGAACUUAUUAAGAAGCAUAUGAAAACUAUUGUAGAGAUGGAAAACUCAGGUGUAGUGCACAUGUUGAAACAUCAGAAAACCGAAGAUCUGGCCUGCAUGUAUAAAAUAUUUGGCAGAGUUAGUGACGGCCUUAAAACAAUGGCAGAUUGCGUUAGUCACUAUCUAAGAGAACAGGGCAAAGCGUUGGUACAAGAGGAAGAACACCAGCCGGGAACCAAUGCGAUCACCUUCGUACAAUCCUUGCUGGAUCUCAAAGAUGGCUUCGACCAUUUCCUGAACAAUUCUUUUAAUAAAGACAAGAUCUUUAAGCAGAUGAUCGCGUCAGACUUCGAACACUUUUUGAACCUGAAUCCCAAGUCGCCCGAAUAUUUAUCGCUAUUCAUUGACGACAAACUGAAGAAAGGUGUUAAAGGGAUGUCUGAGCAAGACAUCGAGCUAGUCUUGGACAAAUCAAUGGUGCUGUUCCGCUUUCUGCAGGAAAAAGACGUGUUUGAGAGAUAUUAUAAGCAACAUCUAGCCAAGCGACUUCUACUAAAUAAAUCGGUCAGCGAUGAUUGGGAGAAGAAUAUGAUUUCUAAACUGAAGACGGAAUGUGGCUGUCAGUUUACCUCAAAAUUAGAGGGCAUGUUCAAGGAUAUGACCGUUUCAAAUACGAUUAUGGAGGAAUUCAAGGAGCACGUUGUGAAAACCGACGCUCUCUUAGGCGGAGUCGAUUUAUUCAUGAGAGUUUUGACGACCGGAUUUUGGCCAACUCAAAGUGCUACCCCCAAGUGUCAUAUUCCUGCAACGCCCCUGCUGGCUUUUCAAUGUUUCCGAAGGUUCUACUUGGCGAAACACAGCGGCCGGCAGUUGACUCUUCAGCCCCAGCUUGGAAACGCCGACCUCAAUGCAGUGUUUUACGGGCCUCGAAAGGAAGAAUCCGAAGGGGCAUGUUCUUCGUCCACUAGUUUAGUGGGAAGUUCCCGAGGGGGACCGCGGAAGCACAUUAUCCAAGUAUCUACCUAUCAGAUGGUGGUUCUUAUGCUGUUCAACAAUCACGAUAAACUUAGUUAUGAAGAAAUUCUCAACGAGUCUGAUAUUCCAGAAAGAGAUCUCAUUAGGGCUUUACAGUCACUGGCGAUGGGCAAAGCCACCCAACGCAUUUUGAUAAAAACUCCUAAAACGAAGGAAAUCGAGUCUUCGCACGAGUUCCAAGUGAACGACUCCUUCACUUCGAAACUGCACCGAGUGAAAAUCCAAACGGUAGCUGCCAAAGGGGAGAGCGAACCCGAGAGAAGGGAGACUCGCAACAAGGUGGAUGAAGAUCGUAAGCAUGAAAUUGAAGCAGCGAUUGUUCGUAUUAUGAAGUCCCGGAAACGGAUGCCUCACAACAUUCUGGUUACUGAAGUAACCGACCAGUUGCGUAGUCGAUUCUUACCAUCUCCGGUAAUUAUUAAGAAGCGUAUCGAAGGACUAAUCGAACGGGAAUAUUUGGCGCGUACUCCGGAAGACCGCAAAGUUUAUACAUACGUUGCCUAAGUUAGUUUCACAACACUUUAAUUGAAUUGUAUGCUCGUGCAAUUAAUACAACAUUUCGUGGUUUUUGCAGUGUGCGUCAUUCGUUCGUUCUCCGUGAUCCCGAUGCGCGAAAGUUGAAGUUCGGAGUUUUUGUUAGGAGAAUAUGUAAAUUUAGUGAUCUUUUAAACACUGUACAAAUUGAUAAGGAUUUGCGAUGUAAGGAGCCAACAUUGAUCCGUUGCCUUAAUCGUUUCCACUAUUUUUUAAAAUCUGUUCCACAAUUUAUCUGCAACAGAUCUGUAUUUAUUACUUUACAGUUGUAAAUUAGGAUAUAGACGUUUAAAUCAAAGCAAAAAUUUAACCAUGACCACAUUAUGUGGCGGAGAAAAAAACAAAUAAUUUUAAUAGAUUUGAUGCCUUUUGAGUUGUGGGGUUAAUUAUGGAAAUUAUGAAAUUUGAUCAAACUGUGGUUAAUAAAGUGCUUUGCGCCAGA